CUGUGUGUCAGAAUGAAGAGUGUUUUCCUUGUAUUUAACUUUAUUUUUUGUUGAAAUAAAAUAUUCAUCGUCUUAAUCUAUCAAAAAAAGUACAGUAUCUUUUGUGAAAACUAAAAAUUGAAGAUUCAACAUGAGAAAUGUGAAGGUUAUCCUCACUGUCGAAUUCAUUUUUGAAUUGAUAUUGUGUUGCAAUGGAAAAACCACAACAUCUACAACCCUUUCAACCACAAGUAUGCCGCCAUCAAACAAUCUAACAUCGAAUGCUUCAGUUCCAUUUUCUACGACUGCUCAGAACUCGACAAACUCGACAGGAAGUACUACGAUACUAACCCCGGUUUCCACAACAACUAUUAGUCUUGCGUCAACAAAUAAUAUUACAUCGAACAUGUCGAAUUCUUCGACAACAGUUUCACCAAUCAAUCAAAACACAACCCUUUCAUCACAAAACACAACACUGCUUUCAUCUGUGUCCAGCACCAAGAAUGGUUUGGUCAAUUUAACAACCACAACCCAAAUGACCGGUUUAGUGAGUAUGGAAAACAGAACUAAGACAAUCAGUGGUAAUACCUCGGCAACAAGUAAUACAACUACAACUAAUCAAACAUCUACUUUUUCAUCGACUCAAGCUGUGAAAUUUUACAAUGAAAGCACCAUCUCAACAACAAAGCAACUUGGCAAUAUGAGUAAUGUGUCUUCAAGUCUCAAAACAACGACAACAAUGAAAAUGAUGAACAGUUCGACAAAAACUCCAACCACAACCACUCGGGUCAUUAUUUCAACAACCUUAGCAAAAACAAGUCAAAGACCUAGUACAACCACUGUUCCUAAGGUCUUACCGUCCACUUCCAUAAAAACUACACAAGCUAUGAUGACGUCAUCAAAAAUAACAACGACCAAAUUGAUGGCGGAAUCAACACAUGAUCAAGUCAAGUUAGCCCCUGGAGAAAGCAAGGAUCAUGGCGAUGUCUCCACAACAGUUGCAGUCUCUGUGGUUACUGUCGUCAUCUUCAUCUUGAUUUCGGCUUUGAUAAUCAUCUGCAUCUUAAGAAAACGCUCGAAUUCCAGAGAAAAUCCGAAAAUAAACACAAACACCGGUUUCACACCGACGGUACAUUCUCCAAGCAACAUAAAACUGGAUUUCGAAAAUCUAAAUGACGCAUCCGCACCAGGGGAGUUUCUCAUGGACAAAUCUAUGAUUGACCUCGAAUCUCCCACACCCGAAAACGAGGCUUUGCAGACCGUAGCUUUAUUGGAUCAUGCAACGGAUGAGUUUGGCUCAAGAGAAAUAACCACUUUUCACACUAGCAAAAACGAGAAAGAGGAUGAAUUAAACGCAUCUGGGAAUCAAAAUGUUGGGGAUAAACAGGAUUCUUCCGACGAUGACUCAUCGGAAGAAGAAGACGAGGAACCGGAAAUGGGGGAGAAGAAUAAUGACAAGCGUCAAGUUAACCCUGAAGAUAAAAGUUUACCGGAAGUAGGGAAUGGUGAAAAGACAGUGAAUAGCAAUUCCGUGUCUGACGUUGCAGUGAAGGAAGAUAGUUCGAUGCCAAUGACAAAUUUUGUUUUGGAAUCUGAAACUCCAAACGCUCUUCCUCAAGAAUCUCAAAGAAAAAGUGUUAAAGUCUCUGAGCUUUGAUAAAAAUGAUGUUAGAUAAAAAACUAACGUGUGUACUUCUACAUUGGGAAAGUGUAAAAUGUACACGAUUUCUCUAAAAGACCUUUACAAUUGUGUAAUUGUCUUUUUUAGAUUUAAGAAACUCAUGUCCUUUUGUAUGCAAUUUGUAUUUUUUUUUUACCUGUCAAAUAUGAAUUUAAAUGACAUGGAUUUAUAAAGUUGUGUGAGCGUGUGAUUUUAUUAUUUCUUAAUCCAGAAGCGCAAUUUCUUUUUUUCUAUUUUAUUCUUCUUCCUCAAAAAAAUGCAUGUGUUUAUAUAGGACAAAAAAAAUCAAGUUUUCUGUGAUUGGAUAUUUUCUGUGCAUAUUUAGAGGACAGAAAUCCCCCCCCCCCCAGGUUAUGUGGUCGAAGCUUUAUUUUUGGGAGGGGACGGGGGUGUUAUAAUAUUGUUACAAAAAAGGAAACAAAACACAAAAAAACUGUAUUUGAAUAUAAUAAGACUUAAUUCAGUUUUUUGGGGAUUUGUUUUGCUUAUAUCUAUGUCCAAAUAUCAAAUACUGGUAAUACAAUGAAUAGAAAAACGUAAUACGUAAUUUUUGAAAUAUAGAAAGGUUUAAAAUUGGUUCAAACAUGCAUACAAACUCAUUUCUUAUGGACUUUCUCCUAGGUUCAAAUUAACGUAUACAUUACCAGUUAAACAUUUCAAGCUACGGUUUACCAGGAAGUUAACGUAUAUCUAGGACAAUCAAUACACUAAUUUCAUAAACUUCCUGCUUCUUAUAUAAAAGGGAUGCUUAAUUUACAAUGUUUUAUAAACGUGAAUGAAAGUGUUUCUGUUAAUUUGUUUGUGUUCUUUUUUUUGAUUCAUAAUUUAUCAUUUUUAGAAUUAAUUAAUUUUAAUUCAAUUUUAAUUAUUUUAUAUUUUCCUUUCAUCAGCUUCCGCUUAAAUCAAAGCCACAUGCAUUACGGGCAUACAAAGAAAGAGGGCUUAAAUAGGCUUUGCCUGCUGCCCCAUCCCAUUCAUUUUAUGUGAAUAAUAAUAUUUUGUAUUUAAAAAAAUACAAAGAAACAUCACAUUGAUCCUUAUGAUUCAUUUUCAUUAAAAAUGCACAUGACGUGCCCGCGCCAGUAAAACGCUUAGAUCAUGAUGAUAAAAACAAUGUAAAUUUGAUUUCCGGCUGUAAAGAAAGUGCAGGAGAGUGAGUGUUAGUAACGUACAUGUUCAAACAAUGAUUUUAUUUUAUUAUGUUGAUGUCACAUGUGUAAUAAUUUAGGGAAGAAAAUAAACAUGUACAUUAACCGAUGAGCUUGUCUUGUUGAAGACCUGUAAGUUUUGUUUAAAAGUUGAUAUUUUAAUUUUUGAAAAUGUGAGUCAAUAAAAC